GUGGAUGGGAAGGAAGUUUAUGGUUACUGGGACACGGGCGCAGAGGUGACACUGGCCCGGCCCGAGGUGGUGGCCCCAGAUCGGGUGGUGCCCAACACCUUCCUGACCCUGACCGGGGUGGGCGGGACCCCAUUCAAGGUUCCCGUAGCGAGGGUACACCUGAAAUGGGGGGCCAAGGAGGGCCCCAAGGACGUGGGAGUGCACCACCAUUUGCCCACUGAGGUGUUGAUGGGGGGGGACCUAGAGGACUGGCCCAGCAGCCCCCAGACCGCCUUAGUUGUGACCCGCGGUCAGAGCCGGCGAGGGGCACUGUGCCCUGGCCUUGGGGGGGGUGCCUUGCCUGAGGCGCGGGACCCUAACCUGGUGGGGAGGGAACGCCCAGGGACGCGGCUCAGGGAGGCUGCAGCUUCGGACCCAGCGGGUGAGAAAGAGCAGGUGGCCAUCCCCGUCCCAGCUGCUGAGUUCCAGGCCGAGUUGCAGAGAGAUCCCUCCUUGCGGAAGAUAAGGGACCUGGCCGACCUCAAUGCGGUACAGACCAUGGGACGAGGUGGCCGGAAAGGAUUCCUAUGGGAGAAGGGGUUCCUGUACCGAGAAUGGGCUCCCCCAGGGAAAAUGGAGUCAGGGGGGAUCAGGAGGCAGCUGGUGGUACCCCAGAAGUAUCGCCGCCAGCUGCUGUGCCGGGCCCAUGACAUUCCCCUCGCAGGGCACCAGGGAACCUGGCGUACCCAGCAGAGGCUGCUACGGAGCUUUUACUGGCCUGGGGUCUUUGCUACUGUCCGACAGUACUGCGGAUCCUGUGACCCCUGUCAGAGGGGGAGGAAGGCCUGGGACAAGGGGAAAACAGCUUUAGGACCCUUGCCCAGCAUAGAGGAGCCUUUCCGGAGGGUGGCCAAGGUUAAAAGGGCGGCUCUAAACCAAGAGAGCCCAAAGCACAGACCUCCAGACUGGAGCGCUGGGAGAAGACCACAGCCCAGUUGGAGCCCCAGAGGAACCGGCAGCAUCGAGAUUCCCGUGCUGGUCAUGGUCAUCGGGGGCGAUGCCUCCAUGGUCACGCGCGUGCGGGAGGCCGCCGAGGCGAACAUCCCCUGCCUGCUGGUGGGGGGUUCCGGGGGGGCAGCCGACUGCCUGGCCCAGAUCCUGCAGGACGCGCAGCCGGACCAGGUGAGCCAGGCGCUGAUCCAGGAGAAGCUGCAGGGACGCUUCCCGCCCGCCGACGUGCCAGGCCUGGCCAAGCAGGUGGAGCAGAUCCUGGCGCUGCGGGACCUGGUCACUGUCUAUUCAGACGAGGAGGGGCUGGAGGAGUUUGAGACGGUGCUGCUCAAAGCCCUGGUCAGAGGCGGUCACCUGACUGGUGAGGCCACCCAGUACCUGGAUGAGCUGCGUCUGGCUGUGGCCUGGAACCGUGUGGACAUCGCCAGCUCCGAGCUCUUCCGUGGAGACAUCCAGUGGGAGCCCCCACAGCUGGAGGAGCCCAUGCGGGACGCGCUGCUGGGGGACCGCCCGGCCCUGGUGCGUCUGUUCGUGGAGAACGGGCUGGACCUGGGCGAGUUCCUGACUUGGGGGCGCCUGGCGGAGCUGUACCGGGAGGUCCCCGAGGCCUCGCUGCUGCACCAGCUGCUGGAGCGGCGCCAGGGGGGGGCCGAGCCCCCCCACUACCAGCCCGUGGAGCGCCCCCCUGACUGCCCCCUGACCCAGGUGGCCCGUCUGCUCCGUGAACUGCUGGGCGACGUCUGCGCCCCCUUCUACGCCGGGCUGCGCCCCCUGGACUCCAAGGGGGCUGGGAAGAAGGGUCCCCUGCCGGACGGGGGCUCCCCCUACCAUGGCCAGCGCACCCGAAACCCCUGGGCCGACCUCUUCAUCUGGGCCGUGCUGCUCAACCGGGGCGAGAUGGCCACGUACUGCUGGGAGAUGGCCCCGGACGCGGUGGGAGGGGCGCUGGUGGGGGCGCGGAUCCUGCGGGAACUCUCCCACCUAGAGUCGGACGCGCAGGAGGCGGCGGACAUGAAGGAGCUGGCCAUGAAGUUCGAGACCCUGGCCAUCGGCGUGUUCGGCGAGUGCUACGGGAACUGCGAGUCACGGGCCUCCCAGCUCCUCGUGCGUCGCUCCCGCCUCUGGGGCGGCGCCACCUGCCUGCAGCUCGCCUGGCUGGCCGAGGCCCGGUGCUUCUUCGCCCACGACGGGGUGCAGGCGCUGCUGACCCAGAACUGGUGGGGCGAGAUGGAAAGGUCCACGCCCGUCUGGAAACUCCUCCUCACCUUCUUCUGCCCCCCCCUCAUCUUCACCCACCUCAUCACCUUCAGGGCGAUGGAGGAGGAUCUGGAGCAGGAGAAGCCCCACAGCCUGGAGCUGGAGAACCUGGACACUGACGGGAAAUGCCCCAUGGAGGAGGUCCUGACGGGGUCGGUGUCCUCGCUGAGCUCCCCCCCGCGGCCGGGCCGGGCUUGGCUCUGGCGCUGGCGCCGGUUCUGGGGGGCUCCGGCAACGGCCUUCCUGGGCAACGUGGUGAUGUACCUGCUCUUCCUUCUGCUCUUCUCCUACGUGCUGCUGCUGGACUUCGCGCCCCCCCCGCCCGACGGCCCCCGCGCCUCUGAGGUGCUGCUCUACGCCUGGGUCUUCACCCUGCUGUGCGAGGAGCUGCGGCAGGGCUGCUUCACCGGGCGCCGGGCGCUGGCCCAGCACGUCCGCGCCUACCUGCAGGACCCCUGGAACCAGUUCGACCUGACCGCCCUGGGGCUCUUCCUGCUGGGGGCCGUCUGCCGGAUGUUCCCCAGGACCUACGCGUCGGGGCGCACCGUGCUCUGCCUGGACUUCAUGGUCUUCACCCUGCGUCUCAUCCACAUCUUCGCCGUCAACAAGCAACUGGGCCCCAAGAUGAUCAUCGUGGGCAAGAUGAUGAAGGACGUCUUCCUCUUCCUCUUCUUCCUGGCCGUCUGGCUGGUGGCCUACGGGGUGACGACCGAGGGGCUGCUGCACCCCAGUGACCAGCGCCUGGCCUGGAUCUUCCGCCGCGUCUUCUACCGGCCCUACCUGCAGAUCUUCGGCCAGAUCCCGCUCAACGAGAUCGAUGCGGCGUUGAUCGCGGCGUCGAACUGCACGGACGACCCGGUGGCGAUCCUGAUGGAGGAAGCCGAGCCCUGCACGAACACCUACGCCAACUGGCUGGUGCUGGUUCUCCUCGUCAUCUUCCUCCUCGUCGCCAACAUCCUGCUUCUCAACCUGCUCAUCGCCAUGUUCAGUUACACCUUUGCCAAGGUGCAGGGCAACAGCGACACCUACUGGAAGUCGCAGCGUUACAGCCUGAUCCUGGAGUACCACAACCGGCCAGCGCUGGCCCCCCCCUUCAUCAUCAUCAGCCACGUGCGCCAGCUGCUGCGCUACCGGGCCCGGGGGGGCUCUGCCAAGAGCCGUCACUUCGCUCGGGACCUGCCCCCGGAGCAGGACGCCCGGCUGCUCACCUGGGAGGCCGUGCAGAAGGAGAAUCACCUGGUAGCCCUGGGCCGCCAGAAACGCGACAGCGACACCGAGCGGCUCCGGCGGACGUCUCAGAAGGUUGACCAGGCCUUGAAGCAAUUGGCCGAGGUCCGGGAGCAGGAGCGACGGCUGAAGACCCUGGAGACUCAGAUGGAGAAGUGCACCAGCGCCCUCUGCUGGAUGAUGGACACCCUGGCUCAGAGCGACCUGGGGAAGAACCGCCCCGCCCCCCCCAGGCUCAAAAAGGACUGACCCCCCCCACACCCCAGCGAGCGAGGACAUUGGCUGCGGAGAAUGGACACCCAGCUGUGAACCCAGGCGUCCGUCACCACAGACUUUCCUGGGGGGCUGGAGUCUCCGACACCCACCGCUGCGAACCCAGGCGUCCGGGCACCACAGACUUUCCGGGGGGGCUGGAGUCUACGACACCCACCGCUGCAAACCCAGGCGUCCGGGCACCAUAGACUCCCCCCCACACCCCGCUGUGAACCCAGGCGUCCGGGCACCACAGACUGUCCUGGGGGGCUGGAGUCUACGACAUCCACUGCUGUGAACCCAGGCAUCCGGGCACCAUGGACUGUCCUGGGGGGCUGGAGUUCAGGAGACCCCUGCUGUGUACCCAGGUGUCCGGAUGCCACAGACUCUUGGGGGGUGCGGGAGAGAAAUCUUAAGUUUGCUCUUAGUUAAUUUGUUACAUUAAUUAUUGUUAUUCUAUUAAAUAAAAAUGGAUCAUUG